ACAUUCAAAUAUCUGUGUGGUUUUAUUUUUUUUUUACUAUUGUGCAGUCAGUAUAGCCACUUCGGAUACGCAUGAUAUUGAAAAUCUACUUGGAAAAUUAAACAACGUAGCCGACAUAUUCAAUGACAAAUUAGAUAAAAAAGUACCAUGGACUGAAUUGAAUGAUGCCAUUGAAAUACUCAACAAAAUUCUACUCGAUUACAAAGACAAUGCGCGGAGAAAAAUAAGCGAAUUGAGAUCGAAAAACGUUGAAUCACGAAAUCAUUACGUGUUUGCCGUCACGCCGCUAUUGAGCUGGUGUCAUUUGGUUAAUUCAAGUAUACAGGAAGCGAUUGGACAACUGAAACAACCAGCCUUGUCAGUUGCUGAUAAAAAACACAUCAAACUCAAAUUAGAACGUGUGACAAAAGCAGGUGUCGAUAAAUCAGAAAAAUCACAGAUCGAAAUUCAAAAAACAAUAGAAAGUAUGUCGUACUUAGAAAAUUUGUUAACCGCUGUGGAAUUUGAUUUGCGUGAAAAUGUCAGUGGUGCGUUUGAUUUGCUUGGAAUAGCAGAAUUACAAGAAGCGUUAAAAAAAGCAAAAAAUGUUAGCAAAAAUGUCGGGGAUGCUUUGGCAGUUGAAUACGAUGAUAUGGAGUUGGUAUUUGCGAUCGGAAUAUGUCAAGAUAAUAUCGAAGACAUUAUGUCACCCUUAUUCAGCAACUCAUUCAUUAAAAAGUUGGAGCGGCUUGUCGAAUCCUGUGUAAUUUAUAAUGAAUCACACCACAAUCCAACCGAAACCAUGCGAAUCAAUAAAAGUCGUUGAACUGCCGUGAAACCAGACCCAUUGCCAUAUGAAAAGACUGCAAACUACGAUAAUCACUUCAAUCAUUUACCAAAGCUUAUUUUUUUUUGAACAAUAUUAAAAUGCACUUCAUCGCUGUGUUUGAUUUAGCUGGAGAUGCUAAACAAUGAGUCUAGCUUCAGGAAAAAAGCUGUAUCUUGGAGGAGAAAAUGGCCCAUUUAAAAAUGAUUGGAAAAUAUUUUUUGGAAUUUUUAACACAACAUUUUAUGACUUUAGAAUGUAUUAUUUUUAAUAAUUAUUUCAGUUUCACUUUGUUGUAUAAGCCAACUGUUAAUCGUCAGUAUUUUCAGUGUGGCAUAAUUUUUUUUCACGGUUAUCCAAUUUUGUUUUCGUAUAAUGUCAAAAGGUUUCAGAUAUGAUCAG